UCGCUCUCUCCGAGCUGAUUGGGCGCGCAGGUUGGUGAGUGAACGCCCUGCGAUUAUGUCAGAUUGCGUGCCGUCCAAACCAGCCCAGCCUUUGAACUUCGCCGCUUUUGGCUCUCAUUCACCAGCUUUUCCUCAUUUUCAAGCCAGGUGCUUCGCGAGACGAGACACCUCCAAGAAAAAAACACACGCGAACACACACAGGCUAAUAGCCAUCGGAACGAGCAUCACCCUGGUGGAUCUAGCGCAUGGGGCGAUUCUCCGCGGAAGCCAGUUACAUGUUUUUGAAAGAAGAUAUUUCGGUUUAGCAUUUAUUUUUUCAAGCGACAGUUCAGCAACUGGAUUUUUAUUUACCUAUUAAUUCUACCGUUCUCAAGGAGGCGAGACGUGGUAUGAACCGUUUCUGUCAACAAGAGAGGUGAAUAUAUAUUUCCUGGUUGGUUUAAGAAGUUUACUGCAAAGGAGAAGUGAACUUGCGCUCUUAAAAUGUCCAAACCUAUAGAUCACAUCAAGAGACCCAUGAAUGCGUUCAUGGUUUGGUCUCGAGGCCAACGGAGAAAAAUGGCACAGGAGAAUCCCAAAAUGCACAAUUCGGAAAUCAGCAAAAGACUUGGCGCGGAGUGGAAGCUGCUCUCAGAAACCGAAAAACGACCUUACAUCGACGAGGCAAAAAGACUGAGAGCGCAACACAUGAAAGAGCACCCAGAUUACAAGUACAGACCCAGACGAAAGCCUAAGAACUUACUCAAAAAAGACAGGUACGUCUUUCCCCUGCCCUACCUCGGGGACACGGAUCAUUUGAAAGGAUUUUCCGCGGACUCUCUCUUGGCCUCUUCGGAAAAAGCCAGGGCGUUCCUGCCACCUACAUCUGCACCGUAUUCUUUCCUCGACCCGAGCCAGUUCAGCUCAAGUGCAAUUCAGAAGAUGACUGAGAUGCCACACGCGCUGACUACCGGCACUUUGCCCUACGCUUCUUCUUUGGGAUACCAGAACGGAGCAUUCGGCAGCUUGAGCUGUCCGAGCCAGCACACUCACACGCACCCCUCACCCACAAACCCCGGGUACGUCGUGCCCUGUAACUGCACCGCCUGGUCAACGUCGAGUUUACAGCCCCCAGUUGCCUACAUACUUUUCCCAGGUAUGACCAAGUCUGGAAUAGAUCCCUACUCUUCAACACAUGCCGCAGCUAUAUAAUGCAAAACAGACAGAGCAAAAUUUUUAAAACUUGAAUACAGCAACGCAUGAGCACACGGACAGGGUGGCAAAAAGGAGUGAACACCGCUUAACUGAAGCAGACUCUUAUAAAGGAAGAAUGAACAUAAACUAUUUACGACUGCAAACUGGACGCUUCUAAGUACAAAGUACAAAGACCGACAACAACACGGAACUUGGAAUAGCAACGGCAGGUGCCAUGUGAACUGUAAGAAUUGUAAAUGGUAAACGUUUAUCGAUGGCUACCGUAAUAAAAGGCGGCCUUUAAGUUUAUUUAUUAUGUACAUUUUGAUGCUAUUAUAAUAACUGUUUUUUGUUUCA